UCCGCACAAGCGCUCGCGUUCUCCUUCCCCACCUCCGGCGGCUGCCGUUCCCGUUUGCCUCGCCGGAGCGGGCCCGCCGCCGAAGCCGAGAUGGCGAAGGGCGACGACGCGUUGGCGCGGAAGCGCAACCGGGUGCGCCGCAAGCGCCUGCGCAGCAGCGAGAACGCCGUCUCCGCGCGGGUCGCGGCAAUCAUCGCCUCCAAGCGCCGCCGCAAGUCCGGGAAGCGCCGCGGCUGCGAGGGCAUGUGCUUCUCGCUCCCCACGCCCGAAGACCCCUUCAACGAGCGCCACGGCAAGAAGAGCAAGGUGGAUGAGCCGACCGACGACACAGAAGACGCCGCCGCCGCCGCCGUGGUCAAGGACGGCAACCCCAGGAAGAAGGACGCGAACACUAAAAAGCAGCCGCCGGAGAAGGCCGGGGCCAAGGCCAAGGCCAAGGCGAAGGCCAUACGCGAGCGAGCGACGGAAACGGAAGAGGGCGGCGUGGACUUCGACCGGCCGUCCAAGUUCCUUGUGGUUUGCCUCAACGCCAUCCGCGAUGCGGUGGCACCCGAGGACGGCGGCGGCAGCAGCAUCCACGGCGCCGGCGACUGGGGCGUGGAGCUCUGGAGGUGCUGCUCCGCCCCGGCGCCGUCCGACGUGCUCGACACCAGCGGCGCGAGCGCCACGCUGGAGCAGACGGCGUGGCUCGUCUCCACAGCCUGCGACAUCGUCGCCAGGAAGGAGAGGCUUGGGAUGGUUGUCUCCUGCCCCUUCCUGCUGUACAUCGUCCCGUCCCAGGAAAAGGCCGCGCAAGUGCGAUCUAUAUGUAAACCCCUGAAAUCUCUUGGGAUUCAUUCAGUGAGCUUGCAUCCUGGUGCUUCCAUUGAACACCAGAUCUCUGGACUAAAAAGUUGCGAGCCUGAGUUUCUUAUAGCUACCCCUGAGAGGCUUCUUGAGCUUGUUUCAUCAAAGGCGAUUGACAUAUCAAGCGUAUCCAUGCUGGUCAUUGACGGACUGAGAUGUUUCCUGGACCUCAAUGUCACGGACAAAAUCUAUUCAAUUAGAGAUGCCAUAUCAAGCAAUCCUCAGAUAACUAUCUUCACCGAUCCAUCUGACAAAAAUGUUGCAAUAAUGGCAAGAAAUUUGCUUCACGGAAGAACUACAAAGCUCUCUAUAAAUGAUUCUGUUUCUUCCAGAAGUGCUUUCAUAACCCAGCAUGUACACUUCUGUCCAUUGGAAAAGCAGAAAACAUCAAAGGUUAAGGAAAUUCUUGAGCAGAUUUUGAAAAGUCAUGCUAAAAAGACAUUGAAAGUUCUGCUAGUAGCUGCAAAUGGUCAAAAAGCGCAGAAUCUAUCAUCAUCACUUAAACUGGAAAAUUGCACAGUGACUGAUGACACACAUGGCAACUCUUUUAUGAUAUGCAGCAGUGUGGGGCUGAUGAAUGUCCUCAUUAAAGAUCGGGAGACCAUUGCCAUGAUGGAUAUUGGAGAAUUUGAGAUUGUUUUGAUCGUGGAUUUGCCUCCUUCAGUCGACGAAUACAGUGAGAUCCUCAGUGAUGUUGCUCGUCAUGUGAUUGGAGGGGAGGUGCAUAGUAUCUUCUGCAACACUGAUGCCCCUCUCGUGAAACCUUUGGCCGAGAUUCUUGCAAAAUGUGGCCAGGCUGUGCCUGAAUUUUUCAAAAACCUGGAGCCCUCAUAGCAGGAUUGGUAAAUGGUAACCAUUCAGAGCAGUCAGAUUCAGUCAAAGGCAGUUCUUGUUGCCAAGCAAUUUUGAUGUUACUGUAUUCUUUGCACAUGUAGUUCUCAUUUGUCAGCACAACAAUGAUAUUCAGACCUCGGCCUUGAUGAGUGUACACAACUACUCCUAUUAGCUCUUGUGAAAUGUGCAUGCCUUGAAGCCUGUUUUCUGGAAGAACUGAGCUAAGUUACACGUUCAUAGUGGUGACAUGGAUCAGUAGCUGCAUUCGUUAUCCAUGUCACUUCCCUGUCACCCAGCAGUUCUGAUACUUUUGUGUUAUUGGGCAUGCAAUUCUAAUUCUAAUCUGUUACCACUA